ACCACUUUCACAUUCGAGUGCGCAUGUGCGAUAUCAGUUAUCCCCCUUUGCAAAAUUUUGCCGAGGGGGCAGCCUGAAGUGUCAAAAUACGGUCGUUAACGAGAUUGGUAAUUCCGCUGCAGUAUCGUUCAUCCGACGUUGUCAGCCUAAAAUUUUAGUGAAAGUUGUAAGAAAUAUCAUCAAGGAAGGUCAUUGUUAUAUUCAGUAAUGACAUGCUUGAGGGGAUACGUAUACCUGGAGCUGUCAAAACCGUGCAGAGACGCUGACAUGUAAACAGCACCAGCAACAGUAAUCCGCCAUUGUCAUCGUCACAUUUUAGUAAGAGUUGAACUAUUAAUAGUCCAGGAUAAUCGUAUGUAUAUAGAGACAUGUCUUUCUUUCUUCCAUUAACGUAAACGAUGUCGUUUUUCACUCGAGAUUGGUUUGUCAACAAACUGUCGGCAAAUACAUGGACUACAUCAUUAAAAAAUGUGCCGGAGAAAUACUGUCACGAGCAACUUAAAAAGUAUUUGGUAGAAAGCAGGGAAAAAACGUUUGAUAAAGACUCUCUGAGAGCUUUUAAAAGUUUAAAAGCAUUUAAGUAUUUUAAAGACGGAUAUGUGCAAAAGUUAAAGACAGCUACUGUAAAAGAUGAUGCGGUAUCACCCGACAGCAUAUUUCUGUGCAAGGCUCAAGUCAUGGCAUCAAUGGCCCGUAAACAUUACACCGUGUUUACAUGUAUCAGCUCCUCUUCUGGACUUGUUCUUGGCGGAUCAUGUGAAUGUGUCGCCGGGAAAGGAGAAGCCUGUAACCAUGUUGCGGCAGUACUGUUCGCCCUUGAUGAUUUUGUGUCAGAAGGCUUAAAUAAUGUACCAGAUGAUGUCACAUGUACGGAUAGGCUUAAGCAGUGGAACAAACCCUCAGAAAGAGUUGUUCAAGCAAAGACAGUAGCUGAUAUAAAAGUACAUAAGCCCAAGUUUGGCUCUAAGGAGAGACCCAAGAUGACAAAAACCGAUCCACGACAUCCAGCAGACAGAACUGUGAACUCAGAGGCCAGAAAGCAGCUAUUUGACAGUAUAAAGAAAAUCCUGCCUCAAUGCGGUUUCGGAAAAUAUGGUGUUCCAAAGGUUUCUGCUAGCAUAUUAAGUGAAAGUCCAUCAAAAAGUACAAUCAGUACACAUUUCAUUAAUGUACAUCCUCCAAGUUUGAAAGAUAUCAAAGACGCAUGUGAGGAUUUUAAGAAAAAACUGCAUGUUUCUGAUGAAGACAUUAAAGAAAUUGAUUCCAAAACUAUGUCUCAAUCAAAAUCAGCCUUAUGGCACCAGGUCCGAUCAGUUAGAAUCACUGCAUCAAAUUUUCAUUCUGUGGUUAAAAGGAGGUCGACAACAAAUCCAACAUGUUUGUUAAAAAAGCUACUUGGUUAUGGAAGCUCUGUGAAAAAAGCAGCCAUGAAGUUUGGGCUUGAUGCCGAAGGUCAGGCUAUCGAGCGAUAUCUCGCAGAUUUACAAAACAAAACGGGAAAUCGUUGUUUAGCGAAGGAAGUUGGAUUUCGAAUUCACAAGGAACAUCCCUUUUUAGGAGCAUCCGCAGACCGCAUUCUGGAAGAUCCCGUUAGAGGAAUGGUAGUAAUCGAGCUAAAAAAUCCCUUGUCAACAUGGGACAAAACUAUUCAUGAAGCUUGCAAAGUUUUACCGUGCCUGAAAUUUGAUGAAAAUGCACAGGUCACCCUUAAUAGGAAACAUGCAUAUUACACACAAGUUAUCGGACAAAUGGCGGUGUAUGGAAUAUCCCUGUGUGAUUUUGUCUUGUGUACAAAGAAUGAAAUAUUUGUGGAAACUGUAGAUUUUGAUGAAGAUCUCUGGAUGGAGUAUCUUCCAAAACUUGAAUAUUUCUAUAACAAUGCUGUCCUUCCAGAAAUUGUAUAUCCUUCAGUGAUAUAUGGCAAUGAGCCAUUAGUGUUGGAGUAAUCAAUUUAUAUUUCUUACAUA